UAUUGUAGUAUUUAACUUCCAAAUAAAUUUGCAACUGUAUAAGUUAAAGAUACGGAGAUAAAAAAGUUUUCCCCGUAUAAAACGAUCUCAUCAUCUCUUUAGCGCUUUGCUCCUCCUCUCCUUUUUAUUUCUUCCCUCGCCGGGAAAACAACCCAAUUUUGUCACCGGCGAUAGAGAUAUCAUUCAUACUGACCAAGAAUGUCAUCAAUUCCAUCUUUAUCCCUUAAAUACCCUAAACCUUUUCUUUUUUCAUUAACCUCCAUUAAUUCCAACAAGAGCUUUUCUACGAGGUAUCCAGCUGUAAAAGGGUUAAAUGGGGGUUGUUUAAAGGCUGUUGCAUGUUCGACUUCGUCUCCGUUAAUUGGGAGAGUGGGUUUGCACAGAAGGGAAGGGAACUUGUCGUUACUGUCGUUUGGUGCAAAUCCGAGGAGUUUUUAUGCAAAAGAAGAAGAUGAAGAAAAAGUGGAUUAUUCACAAGCACUUUCUGCAUUGCUUCCUUUUGUUGUGGCACUUACUGCUGUUGCUGCUCUUUCUCACCCUUCAACUUUCACUUGGGUGUCUAAAGAAUUGUAUGCUCCUGCACUUGGAGGAAUCAUGUUGUCAAUUGGAAUUAGACUUUCUAUUGAUGAUUUUGCUCUGGCAAUUAAGAGACCUUUGCCCUUAUCAGUUGGAUUCAUUGCUCAGUAUGUCGUGAAGCCAGCUCUGGGCUUGCUGGUAGCACAGGCAUGUGGGAUGUCUUCGACGUUCUACGCCGGUUUUGUCCUCAUGUCUUGUGUUGCAGGGGCUCAAUUAUCAAGUUAUGCCAGCUUCUUGAGCAAAAGUGAUGUGGCAUUCAGUAUUCUCUUGACAAGUUCAAGCACCAUUGCUUCAGUUCUUGUUACUCCACUUUUAACUGGCCUUCUUAUUGGUUCAGUCGUUCCAGUUGACGCAAUUGCAAUGUCAAAGUCAAUCUUGCAGGUCGUUCUUCUCCCCGUCACUCUUGGCUUAGUGCUGAACACCUAUGCAAAACCAGUAGUAUCUGUUAUUCAACCUGUGAUGCCAUUUGUUGCCAUGAUUUGUACUUCACUGUGUAUUGGCAGCCCUCUUGCAAUCAAUCGUGCUCAGAUUCUUUCUGCUGAGGGUGCUAAAUUGAUCGCUCCUGUACUGACAUUUCACGCAAUGGCAUUUGCAGUGGGUUAUUGGCUCUCGAAACUUCCAAUUUUGAGGUUUGAAGAAGAAGUCUGUAGGACAAUUUCAUUAUGCACAGGAAUGCAGAGUUCUACUCUGGCAGGGCUACUUGCAACUCAAUUCCUCGGGAGCAGUCAAGCGGUACCCCCUGCAUGUUCUGUUGUUGCAAUGGCCAUCAUGGGCCUUUGUCUUGCCUCAUUCUGGGGCAGUGGAUACCGGAUCAGGGACAUACCAUCCGUUCUGUUUCCACCAACUGCUUCGACUAUCAAGCCUUCGCAGUAAGCUAGAAAUAGGUACAUAUAGAGUAGGAUACCUAGUAGAAAAGCAGACAUCUUAGGCAAAUUAACUUAAAUGCAGUAGAAUAGUUAAAUGAGAUGGAGACAUAUAACAUAUGACUAUGACCUGCAAAAGUAUGUAACUAUGUAUGGAAGUUUAUAGAAGAGCUAGAUGCAGGAUUGUAACUUGUAAGGUGAAGGCCUUGAAGCAGAUUGCUACUUGUACAGUUCUCUCAAUACAAUUUCAAUGUAUAGCAUUUGCUCUCUCCAAAUCAUA